AUGAAUUCCGGCGCUACUCGUCGGGUUGCAUUCCCGAUUGACCAGAACUGGGUGUUCAAAAAAGCAGCUGAUGAGGACAUUCAAUAUCUUCCCGUUGCUCAGUUCCCGACAAACAUUCAUUUGGAUCUUAUGCACCAUGGGAUCAUUGAAGAUCCAUUUGUCGGGAAAAACGAGGACAGAGUGCAGUGGGUGGGCGAAGAAUCAUGGGUGUACAGGACAACCUUCUCUACUCCGUCCUUCGAUAGUGCAGGCAAAGCGGUCCUCGCAUUUGACGGCUUGGACACAUACGCCACGGUCAAACUAAACGGUAGGACUAUCCUGUCGACGGAAAACAUGUUCGUGCCGGAAAGAGUCGAUGUGACCGACAUGCUCGACGCUGAAGAUGAGAAUACAUUGGAAAUCGUUUUUCAUAGCGCUUUACAGAUCGGAAAGGAGCUUCAGAGGCAACAUCCAGAACACCUAUGGGGCUGUUGGAAUGGGGAUCCAAGCAGGUGUGCCGUCAGAAAGGCACAAUAUCAUUACGGGUGGGACUGGGGACCCAUGCUGAUGACAUGCGGCCCGUGGAGACCUAUCAACCUCGAGGUCUUCACGGCUCGGAUUGCCGAUAUACACUGUCGAACCAGCGUUGAAAAGUCCCUUAAACAUGCGGAAGUGACAGUGACGGUCGAAGUGGAAGGGGAUGCAGAUGAAGUGAUUAUACAGGUGCACCACCAUAACAGCGUGAAAGCGCAAGCAACGGCUGUGAUAGAUCUCGGCAUUGCCACGGCGACUUUUCUUAUCCGCGAUCCUCAACUCUGGUAUCCGGCUAACUACGGCCGGCAACCACUGUAUACCCUUCAUGCAACUUUGGUGCGAGGUGGUGACGAGCUGGAUAGCUCUUCUAAGCGCAUUGGACUCCGCCAGGCUCGAGUGGUGCGGAAGCCGCUAGAUGGGGCUGGUGGUGAAACGUUUUUCUUCGAAAUCAACAACAUUCCCAUCUUCUGCGGAGGGAGUAACUGGAUUCCAGCGGAUAGCUUCACGCCUCGAAUAUCCCCAAAGAAGUAUCGAGAUUGGCUCCGGCUACUUGUUGACGGAAACCAAGUGAUGGUCCGGGUAUGGGGUGGCGGGAUAUUUGAAGAGCAAGUUUUCUAUGAUACCUGUGACGAACUCGGCAUACUUGUGUGGCAGGAUUUUUUGUUUGCCUGUGGGAAUUAUCCAGCGUACAAGAACUUCCUCGAGACGGUGGAGCGCGAGGCCGUUGCCAACGUCAAGCGUCUCAGACACCACCCGUCCAUCGUUAUCUGGGCUGGGAACAACGAAGAUUAUCAAUAUGCAGAAAGUGAGAAGUUGGGGUACAAUCCAAGCGACCAGGAUCCCUCUAACUGGCUCAAGUCGACGUUCCCUGCUAGAUAUAUUUACGAGAAACUCCUGGCUGACGUGAUGAAGACGCUUAGCCCUGAUACUUACUACCACUUUGGCUCCCCAUGGGGAGGUAAAUCUAGCGCGGAUCCACUGGCGGGAGAUAUACAUCAAUGGAACGUCUGGCAUGGGACCCAGGAGAAGUAUCAAAACUUUGACAAACUGUCCGGCAGAUUCGUUUCAGAAUUUGGCAUGGAAGGAUUUCCAAGCAUCGAAACUAUCGACUCCUACCUACCAGGCGGGGAAAACGACAACGACAGGUACCCCCAGUCGUCCACUGUUGACUUUCAUAAUAAAGCCAUUGGCCACGAAAGACGGCUGGCUUUGUAUAUGGUUGAGAAUAUCAGGUACCAGUUUGAACCUUUUGAACAAUAUAUUCACUGUACGCAGUUGAUGCAGGCGGAGUGUUUGGCUAGUGCGUAUCGUGCGUGGAGGCGUCAGUGGAAAGGGCCAGGGCGAGAAUAUUGUGCUGGGGCAUUGGUAUGGCAGAUGAAUGAUUGUUGGCCAGUGACAUCUUGGGCUAUCGUAGAUUAUUAUCUUCGACCCAAGCAUGCAUAUUACGCGAUCAAACGAGAGCUGGCACCGGUCACGAUUGGCCUUAAGCGGCCACUGGGGAAGGCGUCUCUACCAAGGUCAGAGAAUGAAAAGAUCGACGUAUGGGCUUCCAAUUUCACUCUGCAGACCAAAACUGUUGAAGUGGUCAUCAAAGUGUUCGACAUUACCACAGGGGAAGAGGUUCUCUCAGAGACGCUUCCUGAGCCGGUAACCCUUGAGCAAAAUUGCAGCACUGAAAUCACGGAAUAUGAUCUCCCCGUAGUUGGAGAUGCUGAAAAGCAACAUUUCGCUUGUGGUUGCAGCUACUUUUCGAAAACGAAAGCAAUCGCACGAUGCAUCACUGCAGAGCCGUGA